AUGGCCGAGAACAAAGCUGCCUGGAUCGACUCACCCUCCAGCUAUCCUCUCAACAUACGGGGAGCACCUAAGCCAUCUGCAGGCCCCGGAGAGAUUGUCAUCAACAAUGCUGCUGUCUCAAUUGUUGGUUUCCUCCCUAACCCUGUGGAUUGGAAGAUUCAGAUCCACGGGAGAUAUCUGUCAGAGUAUCCUUUUAUUCUAGGUGAAGACGCGGCUGGAUUCGUGGAGGAGGUUGGAGCAGGCGUCACGCGUUUCAAGAAGGGCGACAGAGUCAUUGCGCAUUGUCAUAGCCUCAUGACCAGGAACCCCGCCAACUCGGCUUUCCAAUGCUAUCCAGUUGCCACUGAUUCCUUGGUAUCUCCCAUUCCCGACUCGAUGACUUUCGAAGAGGCUGUCGUCCUUCCUCUUGCCAUCUCGACAGCCUGCGCCGGUUUAUUCACCAAGAACCUUCUCAACCUGCCGCUGCCCUUGGUCAAGAAGCCUGCUAAGGAUGGGAAGACCAUCUUGAUAUGGGGUGGCGCGUCAUCCGUAGGCGCAACGGCCAUUCAACUAGCUGCUGCUUCUGGUGUGGCAGUCAUCAGCACAGCUUCCCCCGCCAACCAUAAACUAGUGGAGAGCCUGGGUGCUGAUUUUGUCUUCGACUACAAGUCUCCCACCGUUGUCGAAGACAUUGCCACCGCCCUCGAGAAACCCGACUUCAUUGGAGUCUAUGAUGCCAUCGGCGAGGAUGCUAGCUUCGAUGCUGUGUCUGCCAUCCUUGACCGACUUGACAGGAAGGUUCCUGUUGCCAGCGUCCUCCCGAGCAGCAAGAGUACCAAGCGAUUCAGCCCUAGUUACGUCGUUGCUUUUGCUAUCAUCCAGGAGCCCAACUAA